GUCAAGAGACUCAGAAUGACUCACGCCUUAAAGACGCAGAUUCACCGAUUGGCUACACUUUGGAAAGGCGGGAGUGCUUCCGAUCUGUGGCACACCAUUGGUCAGCAGUCCCGUUGUCUAGACCAAUGGAGCGGCAAGGUUCGAGGCCGCGUCUUGGCUCCUCCCUUGGCGGGAAAAAGUGUCAGGUUUUCGCGCCAAGGCCUCCGGAGAAGCUGUGCACAAGCGACUUCUAGGCCGCGGAAGAAAGCAUCGUCUCCUGUCGCCAUGGCUCUCCCCACGGCAGGCGCGCUGGACGACGCGGAGCUGCGAGAGGCUCAACGAGACUACCUGGACUUCUUGGACGACGAGGAGGAUCGGGGAAUUUACCAGAAUAAAGUCCGCAACAUGAUCAGUGACAAUCGGUAUCGUCUGAUUGUGAAUAUCAAUGAUCUCCGAAGAAAGAAUGAAAAAAGAGCCAGUCGUUUGCUAAACAGUGCCUUUGAAGAGAUGGUGGCAUUCCAACGUGCCCUGAAGGACUUCGUUGCUUCUAUUGAUGCAACCUAUUCGAAGCAGUAUGAAGAUUUUUACAUUGGACUUGAAGGGAGCUUUGGUUCCAAACAUGUGACACCUCGGACAUUGACAUCACAAUUUCUCAGCUGCAUUGUCUGUGUGGAAGGCAUUGUUACAAAAUGCUCCUUGAUACGCCCAAAGAUAGUCCGCAGUGUACAUUACUGCCCUGCUACAAAGAAAACUAUAGAGCGCCGGUAUACAGACAUGACAUCUCUGGAAGCUUUUCCUUCCACAGCUGCUUAUCCUACUAAGGAUGAAGAAAACAAUCCUCUUGAAACAGAAUUUGGCCUAUCUACUUACAAGGACCAUCAGACCAUCACAAUUCAAGAGAUGCCAGAAAAAGCACCAGCUGGACAGCUCCCUCGCUCCGUAGACAUCAUUUUAGAUGAUGACUUGGUGGAUGGGGUAAAGCCAGGAGACCGAGUGCAAGUCAUUGGGACGUUUCGCUGCCUUCCUGGGAAGAAAGGAGGCUACACUUCAGGAACAUUUAGGACCAUUCUGAUCGCUUGCCAGGUGAAGCAAAUGAACAAGGAAGUUCAGCCUGAAUUUUCUUCCAGUGAUCUUAACAAGAUUAAGAAAUUCAGCAAAACCCACCAAAAGGAUGUAUUCGACCAGCUCUCCAAGUCUCUGGCUCCCAGCAUCCAUGGGCAUGAAUAUAUCAAGAAGGCCAUUCUGUGCAUGCUUCUGGGGGGUGUGGAGAAAGUGCUGGAAAACAGAAGCCGCCUCAGAGGGGACAUUAACAUCCUGCUCAUUGGUGAUCCUUCUGUGGCAAAAUCUCAGUUGCUCCGUUACGUGUUGUGUACAGCUCCCCGGGCCAUCCCAACGACAGGCAGGGGCUCUUCUGGGGUUGGUUUGACUGCUGCAGUCACCACAGAUCAAGAAACUGGAGAGCGCUGUCUAGAGGCAGGUGCCAUGGUCCUGGCUGAUCGGGGUGUGGUUUGCAUUGACGAAUUUGAUAAAAUGUCUGAUAUUGACCGCACAGCUAUCCAUGAAGUUAUGGAGCAAGGCCACGUUACCAUUGCUAAAGCAGGCAUUCAGGCUCAGCUCAACGCUCGCUGCAGCGUUCUGGCAGCUGCCAAUCCAGUGUAUGGCAGGUAUGAUCAGUACAAAACUCCCAUGGAGAAUAUUGGCCUUCAAGACUCUUUGCUGUCUCGUUUUGAUUUGCUUUUCAUCGUUUUGGAUCAAAUGGAUCCGGAACGAGAUAGAGAGAUCUCAGACCAUGUCUUGCGAAUGCAUCGUUUCAGGGCAGCUGAUGAACAGGAUGGGGAUGCCAUGCCAUUAGGAAGCACAGUAGACCUUCUGGCUACCGAUGAUCCUGCUUUUGCUGCAGAGGAGAACCAGGAGGUACAAGUGUAUGAGAAACACGAUGACCUACUACAUGGACCUAAAAGGCGGAAAGAGAAAAUAGUAAGUGUGGCAUUCAUGAGGAAAUAUAUUCAUUUUGCCAAGAUGCUCAAGCCCGUCUUGACUGAGGAGGCUGCUGCCUUCAUAGCACAGGAAUAUUCUUCCCUUCGCAGUCAGGAUCAGAUCAGCUCAGAUAUUGCCAGAACUUCUCCUAUUACAGCCCGCACAUUGGAGACACUGAUUCGACUCUCAACUGCACAUGCUAAAGCAAGGAUGAGUAAAACAAUUGGCAAACAAGAUGCUGAAGCUGCUUUAGAGCUUGUUCAAUUUGCCUACUUUAGAAAGGUCCUGAAAAAAGAAAGAAAACGUAGAAAGCAGACUGAAGAUGAUACAGACCAGGAAACAAAUGAGGAAGUUACAGGUGAAAAUGAAAGACAACAAAAAAAGAGAAGGAAGACACAGUCUAGUGAUCAGGAGACCAUGGAAGAGGAAACCUACGAUCCUUAUGACUUUAAAGCCACUGAAGAAGAAAUGCCAGAAGUUCAAGCCCAUACUCCAAAGACUUCUGAACCCACAGACACUGGGGAAAUGAAAUCAAAGCUCUCUGAAUCGAGGCUUAAAGAAUUCAAGAGUGCUCUUCUGGGGGUGUUCAGAGAGGCCCAUGCACAGUCUGUGGGCCUGAAGAGUCUGAUGAAAUCCAUCAAUGAAGACAACCCAAGCCCUUUUUCUCCUGAAGAAGUCAAUAUAGCCCUGGAAAAAAUGCAAGAUGACAAUCAAAUCAUGAUGUCAGAUGACAUAAUUUUCUUGAUUUGAACUGACUCCUAGGCCAGUAGGAAUUUCUUUUCACUGCUUUAAUAUGACUUCUGUUAAUACCUCCUGCGCAGGGACUAUCCCUUGGCUUGAUUGACCUGAGGACUCGUGAUCAGAACAUUGUCUUCGGUUUGAGUUGAUUGGUGUAAGGAAAACUGGAUCUGGCAUCUAUGUUAUGAAACUGGUUUUUUGGUUUUUGCUUCUUAUUUGAGUUCAAGGAGUAGAUAUGAAGAAUAAAGGUUUCCUUCUUUCAAAUCCAAAGGAAACCCCCUUCUUCAAGUUAGAAGGACACAUUGGAUGGAAGAAAGGAAAACACCGAUCCCUUACAGUUCAAUGUUUUCACAAUAGAGAUUGAUGUAUGGUAGAGUCCUGCCCUUUAUUCUUUCUGCUGCCCUGGGAAUUAAAGCCUAGGUUAUGUAUCUUUAAUUUCAGUCAUCAGUUUUAUUAAUGUUAAUAGAAUUGUGUAUUACAGCAUAUUAAAAUGAAUUUACAAACAAA